UAACCGUUGCAGUGAACCGUUGCCAUUGCAUUUCUCUUUGUUUUUGUUUCGGAGUUGGAAGAUUCGUGUGUUGUCUACUUUUUGUCAUUUCGUGUAAUCUGCGUUAUUUUGAUUUCCUGUCAGUGGUACGAGUCAUCCAUCCCUCGUAUAAAUAGCAAACUAUUCUGGCGAAUCUUUCCUUGAGUAAAGCGUCAACUGAUGCCAAUGAGAAAUGGGCUUCUAAAGAGUGAAUACAGAACAUGUCUGGUUCAGCCUGCUCCCAACAAGGCCGCAUAAAGGAGCACACAAGAACAGCCACUACUUCUACUGGGUCUAUGGCCAGAAAGAAACCAUGGACAUGUAAUGUCUGUGAUAUAGGUUUUCGUCAAAAAACUCAGAUAAAGGUUCACAUGAAAAGUCACACAGGAGAGAAGCCAUAUACAUGUAAACCGUGUGAAAAAACGUUUUAUUCAUCUGGCCAUUUGGAAAAACACAUGGAAACUCACACAGGGGAGAAACUAUAUAAAUGUGAUAUUUGUGAUGCUGCCUUUUCUUCCCAGGAUAAAUUAAAGCAUCACAUCAAAAUUCACACAGGGGAAAAGCCAUAUAAAUGUGAACUAUGUGAAGCUGCUUUCCGAGAUAGUGGUGAUAUGAAGAAACACAUGAGAAUUCACACAGGAGAAAAACCAUUUAAAUGUAAUAUGUGCGAAAAAGCCUUUACUGUAUCUGGCGCUUUGAGAGGACACAAAAGAACUCACACGGGAGAAAAACCAUAUGAAUGUUACAUAUGUGGAGUAUCUUUCACACAGCAGUCUGCUGUUAUAAUACAUAUGAAAACUCACACAGGUGAGAAACCAUAUAAGUGUAGUAUGUGUGAUGCUACCUUCGCUGUUAAAAAGUGUGCAAUUAUACAUGAGCGGACUCAUACAGGGGAGAGACCGCAUAAAUGUGACAUGUGUGAAGCAAGCUUCUCUCAGAAAUGUGGUUUGAGAAAGCACUUGCAAACUCAUACUGGUGAGAAACCUUUUAAGUGUGAUGUGUGUAUGGGAGCUUUCUCUUCAAAGGAAAGUGUGGUGUCCCACAUGAGAAGACACACGGGCGAGAAACCAUAUAAAUGUGAUUUUUGCGACGCGGCUUUCACUACGGCAGGAGCAACCAAGAUCCAUCGCAGACAACAUACAGGAGAAAAACCAUAUAAAUGUGAACUGUGUGAUUGUACAUUCUCAGCAGUGGGUAACUGGACGACACACAUGAGAACUCAUACAAAAGAGAAGCCAUAUGCGUGUACGAUGUGUAAGAAGGCUUUUAUCUCAUCGACUCACUUGAUAGUACACUUGCGAACUCACACUGGAGAAAAACCGUACAAAUGUGAUGUGUGUGAAUCUGCUUUUUCUCAGGUAGGCAGCCUGAAGAGACACAGGACAACUCACACAGGAGAGAAACUAUUUAAAUGCAAUGUAUGUAAUGUGACUGUUGCUGAGAAAGGAACUUUGACAAAACACAUGCGGAUUCACACAGGAGAGAAACCGUACAAAUGUGACUUGUGUGAUGCCGCUUUUAUUAAUUCAGGUAACCGGAAAAUACACAUGAGAACCCAUACAGGAGAGAAACCGUUUAAAUGCGAUCUAUGUAAUGACACUUUUGCCAGCCGAAGUACCUUAAAGUCUCAUAUGCGAAUCCACACAGGCGAGAAACCAUAUAAAUGUGAUCUUUGUGAAGCUGCCUAUUCGAUGCCACAUAGUUUAAGGAUUCACCUCACAACUCACACAGGAGAGAAACCAAUUAAAUGUGAUCUGUGCCAAAGACGUUUUGCUGUUCAAGCCUAUUUGACAAAACACAUGAGAACUCACACCGGCGAAAACCCUUAUAAAUGUAAGCUCUGUGAAGCUGCUUUCCCCAGAAGUGACCGUUUGAAACGUCACUUGAAAACUCACGUAGGACAGAAACCAUAAAAAUCCAAUCGUGGUAUAAGAGCUUUUCGAGAGCAGUGUCAUUCAAAGUCACAUCAAAACGCAGUACUUAGCGGAAGAGGAUGUGUGAAAAAUUAUUGUAAUUGCUGUUCAACGUAUCUGUCCUUUCUAUCACCAAUGAAGUAUGGAAAUUUGUCAACCAUAAUUAACUUAUUUCAGAAAUCUUUCACACAUUCAUCAGGUAAACAAGUAGUCGGAUGUAUCUUGUGAGUUAAAGACCAUAGAAGUCUUGAUCAAAUGAAAUUACGACACUACAAUUGUGUGACAGUUUAAAAAGAAAAAGCAUGUGUGUGUUAUCUAUAUUAUAAUUAUAAUAAUAUAAGCCAGUAUUCUCUAGUAACCAAGUGAAAACAUGGACAUGGGAAAAGCGUGGUGGACAAAUUUACGAUGGUUAGAGAGACAUUGCAAAAAAUGGUUAAAUUAAUUUUAAAAAAUGAAGGCAGUUUUAUUGUUGUAUUUACUUCAGCACAUGGCGUGCUUGUGUUGCUACUUGUAAACAAUUGUUGAGCAUGUAUUGAGCUGAGCUGAGCUGAGCUUGUAAGCAAUUGCUGAGCAGGAUUCCACUUUUGAUUUGAUGAAGGGAAAUGGUUUAGUUUUAGCACAAAAGCACUAGUGGAAAUAUGGUUGUAAUGUUUGGCAACUAUUUUGCUCAUAUUUUCAUAUACUUUUAUUUAAUUUCUUUAUGGAAGUGUGGUCAUAUCGUUUGUGUUUUUCAAUAGUAACUAACUGCCAUAUUCACUGUGCUAAGCGUUCUGGAAAUAUGGUUUGACUGGAUUUUCCCUCCAAUUUGAACCGGAACUUGACCAUUUACUAGUUGGAGUUUAAUUCGAAUUUCAAUGCAACAUUGUAGCAAUCUUUGCUUGUUGUUUGAUAAUCGUUUUACAUGUUUGUGCAAAAAAAAUUGUCAUAAUUGUUGUCAUUGAUAUAGUCACUAAUUGUGUAGUUAUUAUUAGUUUCACUGUUAUUGUUGUCACAGCAACCAAGUUCCUACGUCGCUUGGGAGCAAGCACAGCCGUAGCUAGCGGGAAUGGGUAGGGGGAGGGGCAAUUAAAGCAGUUCCGUUUCCCUGGCCUUGACAGUACGUGCCACUGGUAUACUGCGCACUUAAUUGCCAGAACACAAACUGCAUAUUGCCUUGCACCUCCUGCCCAAGGGCAGAAUGAAUUAGCCACGGCCCUGACACGUUUAUAAUCGCGAGUUGUUAAAAAAAAUAGAUGAUAUACAAAGCCCUGCAACGGUGUCAGGUAUUCUAAUAAUAUCCUUAGUAUUUAGUUGUUAUACAUGGCCAAAUAGUAGCCAUUUUUAGUUGUGCAUCACCAAUGAAAAAACGAAUAAAAACGAAUAAAAUCACGUAAAAGUGCAAUUCAGAUAAUCUUCCUGCAAGAUUUUUUAUUUCCGUAUCUUGUAAUUUUCCCACAAAUUCAUACGAUUUAUGAGAAUUACUAAAUUCAAGUGUGGGACAGGAAAAUCGCAUCACUGUGUGUAACACGUCACCAUUGCAUGUUUAAUGAAUAACAAAGGAAUAAAGUCAUGUAUACAACAAUAGACUUCAAGUAAAUUACCUCAAUGCAAAAUAAAUCGAUGCUCUG